AUGGCAGCCACUCUCGGGGAGAGAUCAUUAGCCGAUGUACACCAAGAGGGACUAGAUGAGAUACUCUCUGGAUUGGCCCAUCUUUAUCCUGGUCACACAAACCAUGAGAGACACUCAUUAGGCGUGCCUAUUCUGGACACUUUGCUUGAAGUCUUUGCGCCAAAAGCACUUGCUGUGGGUGCUGUAAACGAUGGACAACCUCAAUCUCUAAACGAGUCUGCAGAACAGCAGACCACUGAAGAUGAGGAAAUGCUGCUGCACAGUGAAUUCCCGGCUGGUCAGGCUUAUAGGCCGGAUGAAAUACACGCAGCGCAAGACUUUGACCCAUCUGCCAAUGUGUUGUUCUCAGAGUCAGACGGUAGUAAGAAACGGCAGGUUCCUGUCGUGGAGAUUUCAAGCAGCCUAUCGGCUUCGGGGAAGUCACAACUAUUGUACUAUCUCACGGCUCUCGCUAUUUUACCACGAAAAUGUGGGGACAUCUCAGUCAGUGGCCAAGAGGCAGCUGUGGUGUUCAUAGACACCGACGAUCGAUUCGAUGCCGAAAGGCUAAGAACUGUGGCUCGAAGUAUCGUACUGCAGCAGCGAGGGCUAUCUGAAUCACAUCUUGGGGUUCAAGCCCAACCAGGAGGAUUGCCAGAUCACCAUCUUGAAUCAUUGCUCGUCUCUUCACUACAGCAUGUCCAUGUCUUUCGUCCGCAAUCUUCAUCCGCUCUGUUGGCCACAAUCCACACGCUGGACUCAUACCUUUUCGAUCUCUCGCGACAUCGUUCCGCAUCACGUCCCUUACAAAUGAUCGCCAUCGACAGUGCCACCGCGUUCUUCUGGCAAGACCGGCUGCGUGACGAAGUCGCUCGGACCGAAGAAAUUGGGCGUCCUCAGGUAGAAAUUGAUUCCCAGCGCGAGCAAAAAAAGAGGUUCCAUUUGUCUGACCUUUAUGCUGAGCUGGUGAGGGAACUGAAGGGCCUCCAGAGUCAGUUUCAGUGUGCAGUUGUAUAUACCGCAACGGUCUCAGGGGGCCGAGCUUCUGGCCCUGGUCACUACAACCACUCCCAAGCUCGUGUUCCAUCGCUGAGACCUGCUCUCCCUGCACCCUGGGGCACUUUUCCAACACUGCGUCUGAUUGUCCACCGGUCUUCUGUGCGCCCAUUUCCACCGAGCAUGGCCGCUCAUGCAGCCGUGAAAGACGCCCCUUCGCGGCAGAGCGUGGUUCAGCAAGGGAAGAUAUCGGCAUGGGUCAAUUCGUGGGGCCGCGAUGAAUGGCCUCUUCGCAUAGUGGAAGCAAUCGAGGCGAACAAUGGUGGGAGCUUUUCAUUUUACAUGCAUGACUCUGGGGUUGAGAUGACUGAUCCUCAUCAUUGA